GAGUGACAUGACCGUGGUUUCUCGGACUGGAGAGCUGGAGAGUGUAAAUCUCUUACUGGCUCCUGUGCUAGGCUGUGACUGAGGCGAGGCGAGGCGCGCGCGCUCACUCGAAGCUUCUCAGUGUGGCGACAGACGCCUCGUUCACACAAGCGACUCCUCGGCGAAGAGUUUAUUUAAUAAUAACACACCGAAUCUGAAAGUGGAGAGGAACGUGUGUGAAGAGAUUCCUCAUGUACAAGCGGCACGCCUUCUAUGUUUAACAGAGUCGCUCCUGGGCUUAUUUUAGGAUGCAGCGAUCACCUGUGGAUGAUGCUGGCUUCCUUUCGAGAUACUUUUUCUGGUGGACAAGCCCUAUUAUGCGAAAGGGUUUUAGGAAAAAGCUGAAGACAUCAGAUGUGUAUCAGACUCCAUCGCAGGACGCUGCGGACGUGCUUGCAGAGCGUCUGGAAAAAGAAUGGGACAGAGAAGUUAUAUCAGCAAAGAAAAAACCCAGUCUCCUACGAGCACUUUCACGAUGCUUCAUUCGACCCUUUAUAUUAUUUGGAAUCCUUCUCUAUUUAGGGGAAGCCACAAAAACUGUGCAGCCGCAGCUCUUGGGCCGAAUCAUCGCCUCAUUCGACCCCUGCCAUGAGCCAGAGCGAGAACAGGGCUACUUUCUGGCACUAGGCCUAGGCCUACUGUUUAUCACCCGCUUCCUCUUGCUGCAGCCCGCCAUGUUUGGGCUGCACCACCUGGGCAUGCAGAUCCGCAUUGCCCUUUUCAGCUUAAUUUAUAAAAAGACACUAAAGCUGUCCAGUAGAGUUUUGGACAAGAUCAGUACAGGGCAGCUGGUCAGCCUGAUGUCAGCCAACCUGGGCAAGUUUGAUCAGAGCCUGGGCAUGGCCCACUUUGUAUGGAUAUCUCCUUUGCAGUGUAUCCUGUGUGUGGGACUAAUUUGGGAACUCAUAGAAUUCAACAGCUUCUGUGCCCUUGCUGCAGUCUCCCUACUGGGAGUCAUCCAAGCCUGUCUUUCUCAUAAAAUGGGACCUUACCAAGCAAAAAGGUUACUGCUUACUAAUAAGCGUCUUGCCCUGACCUCGGAGAUUAUGGAGAAUCUGCACUCAGUGAAAGCCUAUGGCUGGGAGGAGAUCAUGGAGACCAUCAUCAAGAAUAUCAGACAGGAUGAAGUAAAACUGACCAGGAAGAUCGGCUCGCUGCGCUACUUCUACAGCUCUGCCUACUUCUUCUCUGCUAUAUGGGUGAUCAUGGCAGCAGUGCUGCCCCAAGCCCUUACCACAAACAUCACCGUGCGACGCAUCUUUACUACUCUCUCAUACUGCAUGGUGCUGCGCAUGACCGUCACUCGCCAGCUGCCUGCUUCUAUCCAGAUGUGGUACGACACCAUCAGGCUCAUCUGGAAAAUUGAGGAUUUUCUUAGCAAAGAAGAAUACAAACUGAUGGAGUAUGACCUCAGCAUUACAGACAUGGAACUUGAAAACAUCACAGCUUCCUGGGAUGAGGGUAUUGGUGAGCUCUUUGAGAAGAUUAAGCAAGAGAACAAAGCGAAUGGCUAUCCAAAUGGAGAUGGACUCUUCUUCACCAACCUCUACGUAACACCUGUGCUUAGGAAUAUCAGCUUGCACUUGGAGAAGGGUGAAAUGUUGGCAGUGGCUGGAUCCACAGGAUCCGGAAAGAGCUCCCUGUUAAUGACCAUCCUGGGCGAGCUGGUCCCUUCCUCAGGAAAAAUCCGUCACAGUGGCCGGGUCUCCUACUCUUCCCAGACUGCCUGGAUCAUGCCUGGCACCAUCCGAGACAACAUCCUGUUCGGGCUGAUCUAUGAAGAAUACCGCUAUAGCAGAGUGGUUAAAGCAUGCCAACUAGAGGAGGACCUGGCUGCUCUUCCUGAGAACGAUAGGACACCUUUGGCAGAGGGGGGACUGAACCUGAGUGGGGGACAGAAAGCACGGGUCGCCCUAGCCAGGGCUGUGUACAGAGAUGCUGAUACCUACCUGCUGGAUGCACCUUUCACACAUUUGGAUAUCGCUACAGAGAAAGAGAUAUUUGAGAAGUGUCUGUGCAGGCUCAUGGCCUCCAAAACCCGCAUUGUGGUCACUAACAAGAUUGAACACCUAAAACGGGCUGACAAGAUCUUGCUGCUGCACAACGGUGAGUGUUUUUUUUAUGGCGUGUUUUCAGAGCUGCAGUCACGGCGGCCUGACUUCAGCUCUUUGUUGCUGGGUCUGGAGGCCUAUGACAACAUUACUGCCGAGCGCCGUUGCUCCAUCCUCACUGAGACACUACGCAGAGUAUCUGUGGAUGAAACCUCAGGGAUACGUCCCGAUCGUCCCUCCUACCGGCAGGUGGCUCCUCCCACCUACAUAGAUGAGAGGAAGGCUUCAGUUGUCAUCAAUCCACUUGCGGCCGACCGUAAGGCUUCCUUCAUCCAGGUGAUCGAAGAGGAGGCCAAGCGGCCACUGCCUGACCGCAAGUUCUCCCUGGUGCCUGACUAUGAGCUGGUGGAUGAAUCGUUCAUGGGGAACGAUGUAUAUCACAACCACGGCGUGCACAUGGCAGGCCAGAGAAGGCAGUCUGUGCUGGCCUUUAUGACCAACACACAGGGUAGACGUGACCAGCUCCAGUCUUCCUUCCACAGUCGUCUGUCCAUUGUGCCCCAUAGUGAGCUGACCUCCGAGCUGGACAUCUAUACCCGAAGACUGUCCAAAGACAGUAUCUACAACAUCACCGGAGAAAUGGAUGAGGAGAAUAUUGAGGCGUGCUUUGCAGAUAAACAAAUAGAGGAUGCUUUUGAAACCACAACAUGGAACACGUAUCUCAGAUAUGUAUCGACCAACAAAAGUCUCACAUAUGUUCUGAUCUUCAUCCUCAUCAUUUAUGCUAUUGAGGUGGCUGGAUCUGUUGUUGGGAUUUUUCUGAUAACUGAUGAAAUCUGGAAGGAGGAGAAUCCUGGCUCAAAUGCCACCAAGCAAACCAACAUAUCACUAACUGGUACACAAUAUUCUGUCAUUGCCCGACCUUCCAGCAGCUAUUACAUCAUUUACAUCUAUGUAGCAACAUCGGAGAGCAUCUUAGCUCUAGGCUUUUUUCGGGGACUGCCUCUGGUCCACACCAUGAUCACCAUAUCCAAAAAACUGCAUCAGAAAAUGCUGAGUUCUGUUCUAAGGGCCCCAAUGUCUGUCCUUAACACCAUGAAGACAGGUCGUAUCAUGAACAGGUUCACUAAGGACAUGGCUACUAUAGAUGACAUGUUGCCUCUGCUGAUGUUUGACCUUAUACAGCUUACCCUGGUGGUGCUGGGAUGUAUUCUGGUGGUGUCCAUCAUGCGGCCGUACAUUUUUCUUGCAGCUACACCCUUGGCCAUUGUCUUUAUUGUGAUGAGGAAGUACUUUCUGCGCACAGGUCAACAGCUGAAGCAAAUGGAGACAGAAGCUCGUAGUCCCAUCUUCUCCCAUCUCAUCAUCUCACUAAAAGGACUGUGGACAAUCCGGGCCUUUGACCGGCAGGCGUACUUUGAAACUCUGUUCCAUAAAGUCCUCAACACACACACAUCCAUCUGGUUCCUCUACCUUUCCACUCUGCGCUGGUUCCUCUUCCGUGCUGACAUCAUCUAUUUCUUCUUCUUCACGCUCGCUGCCUGGAUUGCAGUAGGAACUAACCAGGAUAAAUCGGGUGAGAUUGGUAUCAUUAUAGCUCUGGCGAUGCUCAUUCUCGGCACCUUCCAGUGGUGUGUCGUCACCAGCAUUGCAGUGGAUGGAAUGAUGCGUUCUGUGGAGCGCGUCUUUAAGUUCAUCGACCUGCCGUCCGAGGAGCCUAAACCAAGGCUGGGUCAAAGAAAAGCCUCAACCCUGGUCAUUGAGAACCCAGAGGCCUGCACUGACACUUGCUGGCCCAGUCAUGGGCAGAUGGACAUACGCAACUUAACAGUCAAAUACACUGAGGCAGGACAUGCCGUGCUCAAGAACCUCUCUUUCAGUGUGGAGGGUGGACAGAAGGUGGGCAUAUUGGGCAGGACAGGUUCUGGGAAAAGCACACUAUUCAAUGCACUCCUGCGUCUGGCUUACACAGAUGGAGACAUGUCUAUUGAUGGCGUCUCCUGCUAUAACAUGUCCCUGCAAAAAUGGAGGAAGGCUUUUGGUGUGGUGCCUCAGAAAGUUUUCAUCUUUACUGGAACAUUUCGGUUGAACCUGGACCCAUGUGGAUGCCACAGUGACAAGGAGCUGUGGAGGGUUGUUGAGGAGGUGGGGCUUAAAUCAGUGAUUGAGCAAUUUCCAGAUAAGCUGGAUUUUCAGCUGGAAUAUGGAGGACAUGUGCUGAGCUAUGGCCACAAGCAGCUGAUGUGUCUGGCUCGAUCCAUCCUCAGUAGGGCCCGAAUCUUGCUGCUGGAUGAACCCAGUGCCCACCUUGACCCCAUCACUGUGAAGGUACUGAAGAAGACGCUAAGGCAAUCCUUCUCCUCCUGCACUAUCUUACUGUGUGAACACAAGGUGGAACCGCUGCUGGAGUGCCAGUGCUUCCUGAUGAUGGAGCAGGGCAAGGUAAAGACUUAUGAGUCAAUCCAGCGCCUGCUGAACGAGACCAGCCAGCUGAAACAGGCCAUGAGUCCGGCCGAGCGCCUCAAACUCUUCCCACGCCGCAACUCUAGCAUGCGCGUGCCGCAGCCCAAACUGAGCUCCGUCACACUCACACUGCAGGAGGAGACUGAGGAUGACAUCCAGGACACUCGUCUCUAAGCCCCAGGCAAUCACACUACAGACUCUGCCUUCAUGAGCUCCUGCUAACUUAGGACUACUCAUGUUCUGUACAAUGUCAUCAUUUUACACACUCAUUCUGAAGUGCUGUGGUUUAUUUUUUGUUUUGCUUUUUUUUAUCAUGGGCGCUGAUGAUCGUACAAUUGCGGUACAAUAAAUUAACAUAUUUUUAACAUAUUUUUAAUUUAAGGUACUUUGGAGACAGUGGGACCAGGAAAUGAUCAUCCCACUGUAAAAAGUAAAAAAAAAGACACUUUUAUCAUGUUCCUCUUGGUGGCCUUCACAGAUCCCUUCAGAACAAACAGUUAUUACAGCUUAUUUAUUGAAUUUUCAGCCCACAAGCCUCAAACCUGUUCAUGUAAAAAUACCAUAAAAUGUGCUUUUGUAAAACACAUGGACAACAACUGUUAACUUUUUAUUUUUAUAUUUAGGAAUUUUAUUUAACUACUAACAAAUUAGGCCCGAAAUGAAAUGCAAAGUGUUAGUACUGUGGAUUUUUUUUACACUACCAACCAAAGGUCUGAAAACGAUGCUUUGUGAAAAAAUAAACAUAAAAAAUUUAUUUUUUCAAGAGA